CGAUUGCACGCUAAGUCCUUCACGAGAACGAAGUUUGCUCAGGCCACUAGUCUGCGUAUGGAGGAUUCUUAAGACCCAUGUCCAAGUAACGACUGGCGAAGAGACAUCACGGUUGCAACACACUUCCCACAAUGACGAGCGAGCCACAAACAGCCAAGGCCUUGCUCCUUCCUGCUGAUGGAACCAGCAUCCGGAUUGUGGACUAUGAUAUUAAAGAGAAGGACGACGAAGAUGUGGUGGAUAGUGGAAUGGCAGAUUUCUACGAUCCUAUACCUGACCUCAAAUCAUGGUUUUCGGAUGCCUAUCAGGACAGGGCUAUGACAGCUUUCCACGUCGACAUGAGAACAAGGAAAAAUUGUGACCCAAUAGGACGAGCUUUUAUCAAGUCCGAGGAGCCUGCCGCUUGUGGGCAAUACUGCUUAUAUUACACCUUUUCUCCAGCCCUGCCUACGAACAAAAGCUGUGAGCGGAUAGUUGGUUGUCUAUCUCCAGGUCAAUUAUUCUGGAGAGGUAAUGUCGUGGUUGUCCGAUAUGAUUACCACUUAGGCCUUGGACACGUAUAUAAGGAUGUUGAGGAAGUGGCGAUAAAAGCAGUGGAAGAGGUUCUGAGGAAAGCAUAUAAGAGCCAUGGGCUUGAACGAGUAUACGAACAAAACGGGCAAUUUCUAGUCUGAAUUGACGACAUUACAAGGUGACACUUUGGAUUGCGUCUUGAAAAUUUGUAUCUACUUCCUCUUGCGAUUCAUUUUCCUUUCCGG